UUUCAUGCAGAGAGCUCCUAAUAAGUCAGAGGUCUUCAAACUUGGCCACUUUAAGAUUUGUGGACUUCAACUCAAGUCCACAAGCUUUCAAGUCCACAAGCCUUAAAGCAGCCAAGUUUGAAGACCUCUGUAAUAAGGGUUGCAAGGGAAUUACUCAUAGGAGUACGCAUGAAGGUGAACAGCGUUUGCACGGGGGAAUCCUGACCGUGGAGUUGAGAUUUGCUGUCCUGAGAAAUCCCAAAGGUGCUUUUUUUCUCCCCGGUGGCAACUGGACUUAAUUGUUUUUUUCUUUUGAAGACGUUUCGCUUCUCAUCCUAGGAGCUUCUUCAGCUCUGACUGGAUAGUGGAGACCUGUUGGAGCUGAAGAAGCUUCUUGGAUGUGAAGCGAAACGUCUUCAAAGAAAAAACAAAAUCCAGUUGCCUCCUGAAAAAAAGCACCUUUGGGACAACCAUGACCUGGAUGACUGAGAAUCUCUACAGACUUCUGACUUGAGAAGGUUCCCCAUCCAACCCCAGAGGUCCCUUUGGGCAGAGGGGGGCCAUCCAUAGCACCUUAAGAGAGCAGUUCCUGGGAGAAGUUUGGGACUUGUGCUGCAGAGACUUCUCAUAAAACCGGGGUGCAGCCUACCUGUCCUUUCCUGAUGUGAGGUCAGGGGUGAAAUCCAGCAAGUUCUGACAGGUUCUGGAGAACUGGGAGCUGAAAUUUUGAGUAGUUCAGAGAACCGGUAGUGAAAAUUUUGAGUAGUUUGAGUAGUAGUAAUAGUAGUAGUAGAAAUUUUGAGUAAUAGUUUGAGAACAGGCAAAUGCCACCUCUGGCUGAUUCCAGAAUGGGGUGGGAAUGGAGAUUUUGUAGUAUCCUUCCCCUGGAGUGGGAUGGGAAUGGAGAUUUUGCAGUAUCCUUCCCCUGCAGUGGGGUGGGAAUGGAGAUUUUGCAGUAUCCUUCCCCUGGAGUGGGAGGAAAUGGAGAUUUUGCAGUAUCCUUCCCCUGCUACGCCCCCCAAGCCACACCACGCCCCCCAAGCCACGCCCACAGAACCGAUAGUUUAAAAAAUGGUUUUCACCACUGUGUGGGGUGUAUGUCUAAUAAACAUGUGUGAGCAGGCUUGCUUUGAGCAAAGUCAGUCCAAAGCUGAGCAGUGUUGGGCCUAGUUGAUCUUUGGGUGGGAGACCACCAAGAGAUUCCGGGGCUGUGGAAUAUUUUGGGAGUUGAAAAAUGAGGAAGGUAGAACAUGCUAUAUUGCUGCCAGGAAAACUAGUACUGACCAUGGUCGGUAUUGUUGUUUGGAAUGGAGCUGAGCACAAGGGAGUUUUUAGUUGUUUGAAUGCCUGGAGUUUCUUUUCAUGAGCCUUUCUAUCCUAUUUUAAGAAGAAUUAAGAAUUACAAUUAAUAAAUAAAAUAAGAAGACAUUACAAUUACAGUAUGGCCGGAUGGGGAAUUCUGGGAAUUGAAGCCCACACACUUUAAAAGUUGUCAAGGUUGAGCAAACAUGCCCACCUUUAAUUUUAUGAUUUUUAAUUUUUUGUAUGUGUGCAAAUCCAGUCAGUCUUGAUUACUUUAUGGUUGAGUAGAUGUGCAAAUGGGUGAGUUAAUUUGGUGGCCAAGUGAUUUGGUAAGGAAUUUGUGCAUAGGUAACCUUAAUCUGAGCACACUCAAAAGCCCAUGAGGAAGUUGCACUUACAAAUUGGUUAAGAUUCUUGGACAUUUCAGCAUUACAAAGGUUAAGUCAGUUGGGAUUCUUUGAUUUUGCACUCUGGUUUUUGUUCACAAACGUCCUCCCGAGCUUCGAUACUUUUAGGAUGCGUUUUGAGGAGUUCCCUGAUGUGCGUCUUCUCUUUGUUUUCAUCCUGGAGGAUAUUCCAUGUAAUCCGAAGGCAGAAAAUGAAGAGGAAAGGCAGAAACGCUGUUGGAAAGCUGCAGGACUCUUGCGAUGUGUGGCUGGAUCCUUCAGCACUCAAAAGACGCAAAGUGAUGAAUGUUGCCACUAAGUCACCCUUAACUCUCCUGGGCCAGAAAUCCCAUCGUCCUGCUGCAAUAAUUGGACCACCUCAUCCAUGCACUAAACAAACCACUAUUUCUACUUUCUUCACUGCUCAGAAAGCAGGUACAGUCUUGAUUUUUUUUCUCCCAAGCAGGAACAAUUGUAAGGUACUCAUGACAUGGAAAGAGAAUUGUCUUCACAGAAAUAAUUACCAAUUUGAUUCAUUAUGCACACUGCACUGUAACAUCCACAGACCAAAUGGCCCAAGUUCUUUUCUAAGCCGCCAUAGACAAAUCAAGCGUACCGUGUUGUGGGAAAAACCCACAGAACCAAACAAGCAGUUAAUGACCUCCGCAUCAAACAACGUUGUCAAUCUAAAAGACUCUGAAUUGCUUAGAGGGGAAAGGACCAGGGCCUGGGCUUCUGUCCUUCAACCAUCGAGCCUGCAGGACCGCCAAAGGCAACCUGCAAAGGCAGCAACCUGCAAUUCUCUCCCCGCUCGAGCACAGAGCCAUGCCAGCAGCCCCCCUGUUGCUCAGAAGGCUUUUCUAACUACAGAUCUCAUUCAGCAUCUGGAAGAAAAGGGGCCGCUUCAGCAGCAGGUGGCUCCGGUGUCCCCCCUGAAAAAGAAAAACGAUGGCUGGCAAAGAGAAGAGAGCCCCGCUUUGUUUUCUCAGAGAAGCCCAAGUCUUAAAAUAAUUUCGAACCAAAGAGCAGAUGCAGAGAAACGGCGCAGACUCCCUUCCUCUUGGGUGGGUGCUACUUUUGUGGACUCCUCUGACUCUGAAAAUAUGGAUCCUGAACUGGAAGAAAACCUACCAGAAGCAGCAUAUUUGGAUUUCAACCAAACUGGAUCCUGUAGAAAGUACACUAGCUAUGAGAACAGCUCCCUUGUUUCAACUCAGCGGCUGUUCACACAGGACUCCGAGGGCUGCAGAGUAAUUCUGCACCGCCCUGAAGGAGAAGGAAGCCAGCCGUCCUUGCCAAAGGCUCUCUGGUGGGGCAAAAGGACCCCUGUAAGAAGCGCCUUCAAUAACAGGAGCUGCUUUAGGGACGGUUGGGCUGGAGACAGACGCCCCCCUGGGUCUCUGGGCAGGCGCGGCGUUCCUCCUCUGACAGAACAUAGUGAAAAGUCAUGUUAUGACUUGCUAUUCACAGAGGAUUCGGAAGGCAACAAAGUCAUUAAACACUAA